GUAGCCUCGGUGCAACCUCCCUUAUUUUGGGCUAUGGGGGAAAUGCUCUAUCAUUCCCUGAGAAGUCCAGACUUUACGGAGUGAUAAAGAACAUGGAGACCCAAGAAGACAGCAUCGACAUCGCGAGGCUGCAACGCGUUGCCUUGGGCCAGGUAUUUGUUCAGUCCCAAGUUUCGGUGGCCGAUUUUGGAAUGGUUGAUCAAGUGAAGUGUCCUCAAAAACCCCAUCAGCACCUGCCCAAGGACGCAGGAGAAGGUGCUCAGAAAUCUCCCGACCCUGUGUCGGCGACUUCGGCAUCAACUCAAGCACAGCACGACGCUAGUGAUGGAUCGUCCAAGUUGUCUAGUUAUGGAACUCGCCCCAGCGGCCGCGCGGUGAUUGAGCUGGGAAAGCUAGGCUCUGCAGAAACACUUCCUGCGGAUACCCAGGUGAUCUCUCAGCGGGUUUAUGAUGAGCUCCUUCGCAAAAACCGGGAAGAAGGAGCUGUCAUUGGUCAUGACAGUCAUUAUGGUGAUCAAGCUACGCUUAUGACCUUGCAUGAAGGUGACAGCGGUCAUAUCGACCUCUUGGCUGGUUAUGAGAAUGUCCAUACAGAAAUGAUUAACAUUGAUGAUGAUGAAGGUGGAAGCAGUUCCAAACUUGGGGAGUCAUCACCCGCACAUUAUCAAUCAAAUCCAUUUCCUGAAUCGCAGCGAUUCGUGAUGAAGACCCCUGCAGCUGCGAUCAAGUGCGCUCAUUCGGACGGCCUUGCCACGAUUUCGCCCACCGUCUCACGAAAUCCACUUGCCACGGAGAUCGGAUCCAGUGGUGGAAUCAUGGCUCUAAGCCAGGUGUUCAGGGCCACCCAGGCACCAUCCUCUCCGUUGGUCAAUCGUCAACAGCACGGUGAUAUCGCAUCGGACCGGCCUUCCCCAAAUAUUCCGAUUCAAAAGCAUCCGCUUGCGCCGAAUCUAUCUUCUCCAUUCGAGCGUAUGGCAGCGACCUUCCCGCGGGAUUCCUCAGCACACAAGCUCAACUAUAUUUCCAUGCAGGAGUCCCAGACCAAUCGCGAAAGGCUAUUGACUGAGAGAAUGACACGUUCAGCGGACCAUAUGUUCCCUAGUGAUCACAGUGAGGACGAAUUUGAUAAGGAGCCUAGCUUCGUCGAACGCGUGAGGCGUCAGCGCUCAAUAGACGAGGAGGCGAAGGCUCAAUUCGCUGUUGUUACGGCACCUGCACGGUCUGACCGUGGCCGGAGCAGACAACUCAGCAAGGGACCGUCGUCGCCCCAAGGCGAUCUAGGUCCGCAAGUCUGGAACGACGGAUGUGCUGCGGAGAAUGAUGUCGUCGAGCGGAGAACCGCCGCAGACCCUAUCAUCCUGCAGCCGGGGGGCUUGAGCGAAGACGAGACCGAACAAGAACAGGAAGACCAUCGGGUCCAGUCUAUCCCACCAUCCGCGGAGCAUAUCUCUAUGACAGAGGAGGACAAAGAAAAUUGUCUCGAUGUAUCAGCAACUCCUAUUCCCCCCGCCACUAGUGCACAUGAUCGUCUUUCUCAGGCUCUUGCCUUCGAUGGUACUUCAUCCCCAGCCCACGGAAGCACAGAGAAGCAAACACUUCAGUCACAACAUCUAGCUCGCAACAUGGCACGUUUAGGAGAGCCACCCGAUCUGGGCACCUUGUCACAAAUAUCGGUCAUUAAAGACUCUCAGCGCUCUCCCAAAUCGAGAGACGCCGACGCCGAAGCCCCAAAAAACCGCAGCCGAAGAACCUCACGCUGUCCAGACUCUCAGGUCCAGAUCGAGCCUACAUCGGACAUUGAAAGAAUGAUUUCCUCGCCUACGAAGCAAGCUCGCAUGUUAUCUUCACCGCCUGCGGGAUCACGACAUACCACGCUAUCGUCUGAGCUGUAUGAAGCCCAGGGCAUCGAUGCUGACGAAUCGAAGCCCGGCAGCCCUCAGCGUUCUCCCACCCCAGAAGCUACGCAGGCGUCAGCAGCAAUCGUGAUAGAUUCCAGCAACACGAUCUCUCAGCAGCCCGGAGUCGUGGGUGACAAACUUCCGGCCUUUGAUCUUCAGGGUAAAUCGUCGUCGAUGCCAUCUCGCGUCGCUGAGACCCCUAUCCCCCCUAUAGACUUUGCGGACGUGGUACCAACAACAAGCAUCCCAGAAACAAGUCCCAGUCGGCUGACAAACCAAGAAUGGCCCAACGACAUGAACGAUAAUGAAAUUCCAGACCAAGAGGAUGACGAUUUGCCGCCUCGUUGCCAUGCCACACAUGAACGAGCGUCGCAUUCGCGUCAUGCCGCUUUGAACAGCCCCUCGCCCUCAAAACCAUUUUCAACACCUAUGUCUAGAAUACUCUCGAGUCCAAGUGGAAGACAACGUAGGGCUCUAACAGAGAUUGCUGCCGAUGCCUCACCGCAAGGAGGAACUGGCCCUUUCAACCUAGAUAUUAGCAUAAUGUCAGCCGACGACCUGGAGUUCAAAGAGGCUGUUGGCAUGUCUCCCGGCCCGCCCAGAAAGAGACGCCGAGGCAACAACGGGCAAAGUGCAAUUGCUUCUGAUCCCGUAUUGCCAGGGACUCCUCGUCUUGCCAGUCGUCUUGAACCUCCUCAAGUGGGCCAGCAGCAUCCUAUUGAAUCUAUGACACCAGGCGUGUCUACGAUGCCUACGGACAUGCAACAAAAUGCACUGCAGGAACACCUGCAGCGCAAGGCAGAUAAGGCUUACCAGAGACGAUCAAGGCCUCCUCGGAGGGCAGAAAGCGUGUGGGAUAUGGACGAUUCUCCUCCACGAACUGUUCUUACGCGUAAAGACCGGUCCCGGUUCUUCUCUCGCUCCCGAUUCUUGAGUCGACAAAGGACUGAAGAGACAGAACCACGCAACACGCUGAGCAAAGGGCAGCCGGGAAUCGUGCACCAACGCUUAGCGAUCAGUCCUGUGCCCGAGGAACCACGCAGUGAUAUAACGAUUCAAGUUCCUCUUGAGACAUCUACCGUAGGGAGUCCUGCUAUGGAGGAUUCACCCGCUGUCGACCACACCAUGCCAUCUCUGGUUGAAAAAGUCCCAAUUGCAAUUAAUCAAGUCUUUGCUCCUUGGAGUGGAACAAAGCGUGCUUACUACCCAGCAACGUGCUUUGGCAAGCCAUUCGGGACAUCGCAGUCUCGGUAUCGGGUAAAGUUUGAAGAUAGUGCACCUGUGGAUAUUCCAAUGGGAGCUGUCAAGAGGCUGGAGCUACGUCUUGGCGAUGCUGUUAAAGUGGAUAUGCCGAACGUGCCCAAGGUCACCCAUGUUAUUAGGAGCUUUGUUCGUAAGCUGAGCACAGAAGAGAUAGAACAUGGUGCUGCAAAAGGUGUGAUUCCCAUGACGGAUAUCUAUGGCCAUUCAGCCGUGGUGGUAGGCCCAAAGCAGCGCAAGAGUCUUCCUUCUGCCGGUCUGGCCGUGGCUGAUAACCUCAUUGAGGUCCCGAUAUCAAGGAUCUACCUAGAUACGAUUCUGUGGAAUCAGCUCAAAGAUCGCUCCUUUACCUACAUGUCCGAACCGGUGUGUUCCGAACACGGUGCUCCAACACCGUCGGAGAGACUCUCCACGCCAAUCUCCUCCCCCAGCGCACGCCUUUCACGCAGUAUCCGCUUCUCAAAUGGCUUGUUCGCUGGAAUGGUUUUCGCUGUCUCAUUCGGCGACAAUAACAACGCCAAGACGCGCGUUGUGAAAAUGAUACUCGAAAACGACGGCCGCAUCCUAGAAGAUGGAUUCAACGAGCUUUUUGAUCACCCGCUGAACGUUCCCGCUGCUACUCCAACCAAGCAGCCACUCACUGAAACAGGCGCACGGCGUGAUCUUCUCCAACUCAGCAGCGGCGCCGCAGACGUGGGCUUUGCCUGCCUCAUCGCAGACAAACAUUCUCGCCGAUCAAAGUAUAUGCAGGCUCUAGCCCUCAACCUCCCUUGCCUUUCAGAUCGCUGGAUUGAAGACUGCGUCGCACGAGGGCAGAUUGUCGACUGGGAAAUAUACCUCCUUCCCGCCGGUGAAUCAACAUACCUCAACGGAGCCACCAAGUCUCGAAUUCUGACGCCUUACCCAGCUACCGAGGCACGACUGUCUGAAACCAUCGCAGGUCGACCUAACCUCUUGAAUGGGCAGUCCGUGCUCCUAGUCACUGGACGCAGCGGUCGCAUCGACGAGGAACGACGCAAGGCGUACUUAUUCCUGACCUAUGCUCUGGGAGCAUCGCGCAUUGAGCGUGUCUCUGACCUGAAGUCUGCCCGCGCCAUCCUCAGCGCUCAGAGCAAGGACGAGCAACCUGGGAAGCGCAGUUGGGACUGGAUUUACAUUGAUGAUGAUGAUAAAGCAUCUGCGAAAGCAAUGGCUUUGAGCACAUCCGGCUCGUCCGGCACUGGUCCGCGGAAGCGGAAGCGAACGAAGCUGAUGGAGUCGGUGACCGGCGAUAAUUUGGGGCUGAGCACCAAUGUCCGAAUUGUGGGAAAUGAGUUUGUCUGCCAGAGUUUGAUUCUGGGCCGACUGUUCGAUCAGUAGUCGAAGCUGCCCGGUGGCAUGUGUUUGGUUAGGUAUGGCUUCCAACUACGUUGGCUGCUCGCAGGUCACGAGGGAGAUAUGGGGAGUUGCGAACUUGAUUUGGCGCAUAUGGGGGGUCUCUCUUUUUUUCCCUUUAGAGCUUGUGAUUCAAUUUCUCUCUGGGUGAUGAUGGA